AUGACAUUUGUACACAAGACGGCACUCAUUACAGGAGCAACACGAGGCAUCGGCUUUGCCAUUGCUGAGGCAUUUGCCAGUCGUGGAGCAAGCACCAUUCUGGUUGGCAGAGAUCCCGUUCGCGUGGAUACAGCUGAGAAGGCCUUUACAAGCAAAUACGGCGAAGGACACCAAGGGCUGACACUAGACGUAUCAGACAAGAAAGACAUAGAAUAUAGCAUGAAGAAAUUGUUAAAGGAUCAGCCGGUUCAUUAUCUAGUGAAUGCUGCAGGGAUUUCACGUGAUGGAUUGCUUUUGCGAAUGAAGGAACAAGAUUUGCAAGACACAAUGAAUACCAACCUCUUUGGGACAAUGCGAAUGAGCCAACUGGUUACCAAGUCCAUGAUAAAACGAAAAGAAGGAGGAUGCGUUAUCAACAUUUCCAGCAUUGUUGGCUUGCAGGGUAAUGUAGGUCAAAGUGUAUAUGGUGCUUCUAAAGCGGGCAUUAUUGGCUUUACAAAAUCACUGGCCAAAGAGCUUGGACCUUCCCAGAUUCGCGUGAAUGCCAUUGCUCCAGGAUACAUCGAAACCGAUAUGACAGCUGGGCUGUUGUCAUCACCAGAAAAGAAGCAAGCGCUUAUUGAUUCUAUACCUUUGCGACGGCUUGGUCAUGUGGAUGAUGUUGCCGAAGCUGCCAUUUUUCUAGCACGGUGCAAGUAUAUGAAUGGAGAGGUUUUAAGCAUUGACGGUGGAUUGACGUUAUGA